AAAAAAACAAAAAAUCUCUCUGACAACGCUCGUCUUCUCACGAAUAAAAGCCAUAACUAACUAAACUACUAAGCGCCCCCUCGCUUUAUUUUGGUUAGAUUAGAGAGGCUUUUCAAUGGCAAGAACGAGCUAUAAUCAAAGUCACAAAAACAAGGCUGGUGUAUUCUUUUUGGCCACUCUGCUUCUGUGGAUGGUCUCCGUUUUGUUCGAAAUAGUGUUCAACAAGCGCAAAGAGCUGCUAUGGAUCGCCUAUGGUGCUUGCUUUUUCCAAUUAGCCAACUGGGUCGUCCGAUUUGCGGUCUCUCGGGACCCUCUCUUUGUUAAUACCGCUGUCUCUCUUCUUCACUCUACUGUCACUUCCGUUUCAGUGGUAUUAAUUUUGGUUAAUCAAUGGGUAAGAAAUGGUUCAAAUGGAAUGUUUGAGCACUCACAGUUGGUUGGUGGUACUUGGCCAUGGGCAUACCCGGCUUUAUGCUUCUCAUGUGGUUACUUUGCAUAUGAUCAGUGGGAUAUGCUGCACUACCGGUUAUACAGUGGUUUGAUUCCUUCCAUCCUUGUGCAUCAUCUGUUGCUACUGGUUUGCUUUACUCUUGCUUUAUACCGAAAUAUUACCAUCAACUACCUUAUUCUUACUCUCAGUUGUGAGCUGCAUUCCAUAUUUUUACAUGUGAGGAAAGUAAGACGGAUGGCUGGGAUUCGUGAUGCCAAGAGUAAAAUUGUAAUGGUGGAGUGGAUUCUGAAUUGGACCAUGUUUGUUCUUGCGAGGUUUGCAUCUCAUGUUCUGAUCACUGUCAAGCUGAUUAAAGAUGCUUCCAAGUUUGAAAAGGGAAUUGAGUUGCCACUUGCCUUAUUUGGGAUGGUUGGAAUGAACAUACUUAAUUUUUUCCUUGGCAUUGAUCUCUUCAAGGCUUUCAGGAAGGAGAAAACACCCUCACAGAUGAAUAACCAUCAUGCCGAAUGACUGAUACAAUGAAGGCCGAAAAAAGAGUUAGUAUUGUAUCUUAGAGAUUUCAUUUGUUUCAUUGUUUUUGUACAGGAAGAAUACUUUUGGUGAAAGGAGUAGCUCUGCAACCUAACACGAAAAAACUGUCUUGACAACAAAAUUGUGUUAUUUAAGCUCACACAGCUGAUUGCUGGCUUUUGACCGUUAGAUUACAAACCAUCUUAUCCCUUUUUUUCUCUUUCAAGCAAAAUUCUUAGCAGGUAGUUGCUAUCUGGGAUCCUUGGAGGAUGCAACAAUCCUCUACCUAGUCUACUAAUAAUGUUAUCACUGCUCUUAGGUUUCCCUCUAUCUUGUAAUGGUAACCAAUUCUGAGGUUCAGGGUGGAUUCAUUGUUUAGGGCAUAGUAAUAAAAAUGGCCAAAAAGGUUCAGGAUGGAUUCAUUGUUUAGGCAUUGUAGUAGAAAUGGCCAGAAAGGUUCAGGGUGGAUUCAUUUUAGGUAUAGUAAU